UGAUGCUGGAUUAUGUGAAUUUCCCCUUGGGAUUAAUAAAGUAUCUAUCUAUCUAUCUAUCUGAUUCUUCCACUGUGGCCAACACACAGAGAGCAAUUCUCAGCAAUAUUUCAGGCAGAUACAGUGGGGAUGUACACAACUACCUGCUGGAGAGCACUGCGCUGGACCCAAGAUUCCAGUCUCUACCGCAGCUAGACUGCAACCAGCGUGAGGCAGUCUUUCAGAGGAUACAGAAAAGGGUGGAACAGUUGCAGCAAAACCAGCCCACAGAUGAGAAGAGUAUGGAGCGCAAAGAAGAGGCAUCAGCUCAUUGUUCCACACAUGGAGGCGAGGGGGCUCUUGAAGCUGAAGGCAGAGCUGAGUCAGAAGAGGAACCUGCUUCCAAGAAGACAGCACUUGAGGAUCAGCUAGGGGACUCUUUCUCAAAGACAGAGCAGCCCAGCAAAGGAAUUGAGAGGGAAACUGAACUUUACAGAAGAGAGGCAUCUAUCCCACUUAGUUGCUGCCCUCUGACAUGGUGGAGAGAAAACAGCUCCAAAUAUCCUUUGCUGUCUCCACUUGUCAAAGAAUAUCUUUCCAUUCCUGCAACCUCUGUUCCAAGUGAGCGUGUCUUUUUAACUGCAGGAGACAUAGUUACUGCCCAGAGGUCACAAUUGCUGCCAGAAAAUGUAGACAUGCUUAUAUUCUUAAAAAAGAACAUGACCAUAUCUUAGGCUGUUCUGUAUAGGUCAUUACCUCAUUUACCUAGGUCUUAGCUCGUUUUCCAUGCUUAAGAAAAUUUUGUUCAUUGUUUUGCACUCUGAGUUUUAAGACAGCACUACUUUGAUAGUUACACUAAUUAUGGUUAAUUGCACGCAAAGGGAUAUUUGUGUUGUUUAUUAUUUAUUUUUAUUUAUAAUAUUUAAUUUUAUUGUACAAUUAAUUGCCUGUCAGUUUGUGGCAAAAUAUUUUGCAGUGUUUACAUGUUAUUACUGCAUAUCAUUCAUCAAAAUAGAAGUUUUAUUUCAUAAAGUUGAUUUCAAAAUGGACAUGCAUUUUUUGCAUUUUGUG